AUGGCCUACAAUUAUCAUUAUGACUUGGCAACUUCACAGCGAAAAGUUAUUCUGAAACUAAUUUUCAAAUGGAAAGGCUCGAUUUGGAAGGCGAUUUAUCAGGAUUUGUUAUUAUGGUGUUUUUGUUACGCAGUUAUUUCUUGUAUAUACAGAUUUGCAUUAGAUAGGAGUCAGCAAGAGUUGGUUACUUUGUUUUUUAACGAAAAAACAACUAAUAUAAAUGUUCCAGCACAUUCGAAAGAUUUAUGCAAUUUUGCAAUCGUCGACUAGAUUAUAUUCCAAUUAAUUUCAUGCUCGGAUUUUUUGUGACUACUGUAAUCAAUCGAUGGAUGACACAAUUCGCGAAUUUAGGAAUGAUUGAUAAGUUGGUUUUUCUAGCAUAACUAUUUUAAAAAAACUGUGGCAGAUUAUUGAAAAUUACUAGACAAAAAUUCAAGAAAUUUAGAGAAACAUAUUUUUGAUCAAUUGCAAAAAGUAGUCGAGGUGUGAUCUAACUUUAAAACAUUCAUAUUUCUAGCAUUGCCCUUUUCACUUCAAUGUAUCUAAAUGGAAAUGAUGAUCGAGGUCGAAUGCUUCGCCGAAGUAUCGUCCGUUAUUGUGUUAUGGCUCAAACUAUGGUAUUCCGUGAUAUUCAUAUUGGAGUCAGAAAACGAUUUCCAACACUUGAAACUAUGGUUGCCGCAGGAAUAAUGACUGAACAAGAUCUUGAAAAAUUCAAUGAUUGUGAAUCUCGCUAUGCAAAAUAUUGGCUCGGUUUCAAUUGGUCAUUUUCACUUUUAAACGAAGCACGAGCCGAAAAUCGUCUAGAAAGUGCUUAUACUCAAAAUGCAAUCGCGGAAGAAAUUCGAACAUUUCGAAGUGGUCUUUCUCUAAUUUGGACUUAUGAUUGGGUUCCACUUCCAUUGAUGUAUCCUCAAUUGGUAUUUAUGGCUGUUCAUUGUUAUUAUUUGGUUUGUUUAGUUUCACGACAAUUUGUGAUAAAUUCGGAUGCUCCUAAUACAACUGAAAUUGAUUUGGCAGUUCCUUUUAUGACAAUUAUUGAAUUCACAUUUUAUAUGGGAUGGUUGAAAGUUGCCAUGGAUUUAUUAAAUCCAUUUGGUGAAGAUGAAGAUGAUUUUGAUUGUAAUUUUUUGAUUGAUCGGAACCUAACAGUUGCAAUGGGAAUAGUUGAUGAUACAUACCGUGCACAUCCAGAUCUUGAAAAAGAUAUGUUCUGGAAUGACACAGUUUCACCAUUGUAUUCAAAAGAAGCCGCGCAACGAGAUGUCAAUUUCUACUUCGGAAGUGCUACGAAUGCUGACGAUGAUAAACGUCGAAAAAUUCCGGAUGAUCGACGUGAAAUUACAAUGGUUCCCCAUCCAUUCAACGAGAAAAUGGAUCAAAUUUAUGGAAUUAAGCCGAGUCGGACACCAUUUGAAAGUUUUGUUGAGAUUAGAAGAGAUCAGCGGAAUUCGACAGGAACUCGGAAACCAACAUGGGAUAAUCGACAAAGAGGAUCAAAGUUUUUCCAAAAACGACAAUCGAGAAGUUUUUCAUGUUUUCCCGAUGAAAAACCACGAAGUUCUACAGAUGUUGAGAGUCCUUAUAUUAAUGGAGGUCCUCCGAAAAUUUGUUAUAAUAAUCCGGAAUGUAUAUUAGAAGAAGGUCAGUUUUCACAUUUUAAUAGAAAAUGAACAUUAGAUUUUUUUCUAGAAACCGAAACCUGUCCACACACUCUCACAGCUCCUUCCCCCUCCACAAAUCCACCGCUACAAAAACCAAAAAAACAUGUUCAAAUCUCGAAUAAAAGAGAAAGUGUUAUAAGUUUGGGUCGCUCAAAAUCGUUCAAUCAUUUUGGCGAACACGUGGAUUAUCAUGAUUAUUAUGAUUUUGAUAAGUGA